CUGGUCUUCUCCAUUGCAGGGCUAUAUGCAAAUACAAAUUACCUGAAUCAGACAGCGGAUGACUCACAAGCUCCCCUUUAAAUCCACACUGGCUUUGACAGAGGAGGCACAGAGUGGUCAGGCAGCAUGGCUGGCUCACCAUCACCAGUCUGUUUCUCUUACAGAUUGCUGGUUUUCUGGUUGCUUGUAACUGUGGCAAAAGGUCAAGGAAACAGAUACACCCCUCCUGGAGGAUCAGGGGCCAAUGUUAAUCCUACAGACUGUCAAAUCUUUACACUCACUCCUCCCCCUGCUACCCGGCGUCCAGGAACAGCCUUCAAACCUGUUACCAUAGCAACCAGACGGUGCUAUUUUCCUCAUUUCAGAAAACCCAGAGUCCACUUUGACUCCAACCCGCCUUUCAGAUAUCCAAAUUAUGGUCCCCACGGUCAUCUGCCACCUCCCCAUCCUCCUUUCCAGCCUCACUUGCCCCGCAAGCAUUGUUAUCACCCAUUUGCACUGCCUCGGAGAGGUGCCCACCAUUACAAGUACUUCCCCAGAAGAAAAUCUUCAAGAGACAGCUCAUCAGAGGAAUACAGAAGGAAAAGAGAAGUGCCUGCCCUUCUGAAGCAGAUAUGAAAGGGGCCAAAUCUCCAGGGGAGGAAGAAAGCUUCUGUUUGUCUCUUUAAAAGAUAUCAUCUGAGUUCGAAACUUCAUGAGCAACUGGAAAACCAAAGGGGAAGAAGUCAAGCCAUGGUUCGUGACUACAUUUGACUUGUUGCAUGUCUCAGGGCACUUAUGUCUCAUAGGAAGAAACUCAAAAUUGAUGUCACUACUAAUAUCAAGGAAUGAAAAAUAUUAAAUACAUAUUAGAA